CUCUGGGAAGCCAGCCCUGAUUUUUUUUUUAUUAUUAUUUUUAUGUUGCUAGAGCUAUUCAAUGGUUCUUACAAUGCAGAAGUUCUUAUAAAGUUCUUAUAAUGCACUUCUAUUUGAAAUGGCUUUGUGUCCACUAUAAAUAUGGUAUAAUUUACAGAUUAACAUGUAGUGGCUAUGAUGUUUACUGACUAAUAAUAUCCUAAUAAUAAAUUUAGAGAAAGUAUGUUCUGUGUCAUUCGUAACUGGGUUUCUAAGAGGUUGAGUCAUCUUGAUUUGACGGCUGUAAAAAUCAAGUAUGUUGUAAAAGUACACAUCAGUUGACGAGGUUGAUUGGUUUGUGUGUUAUCUUCCUUAACACUUUUAUCUGGGUUAAAGACAUUGGGUCAAACAGUCCACUUUAAAGGGUUAAAUUAAUAUAUUGUAUAUGUGAUAUUUUGAUAUAUGCUUAGGUGGGAAGAUGCAUUAAAUUUGCAUCUCAUAUUCACGUGUGCACUAAUUUAUAUUUGAAUAAUAUGACGGUUUUUGAUAAGGAAAAAAUGAAAAGCUUAUAACCAUUGAGAAACUUUAAGUUCAAAGUCCACAAGUGUAACUAAUGAAAAAAUACAGAUUUAAGAUCUGAAUCUUAGCACCAGUUACUACAGGAUAUCCCCAUGAUGUGCUGUAAGAUGAUUAACUGAAUAUUAACUGAAUAUUAAGCUGGGGGUUUUAGGGGUUCAUGAAGUUGGUAUAAGUAAAAGUGGGUAGUGGUUACCAUAUCCUUACAAAAAAGCAUGAAGAGAAAAACACGAAAAUCACAUUAUUUGUCAGUUUAAUCAAGCAAGGUUUAUUUAUUUAGUCUAUGUUGGUGAAAUAGUUACUUAAGCUGUACUGAAGAGGUGAAAAUGAUAAAAACGAGUGUCUCCGAGAUCAGUGACUGCAGAUUCAAAUGAUGUAGAAUAUGUAGACUGCUGUAAGUUGGUAUGAUUAUUGCAAGAAUGUCAAACAGAAAUAGGUGUACAUUCAUUCCUAAUGAACCCACUGAAAGAAAGAUGAUAAUCCAUAUCAAGUAAAAUGAGGUGCAUGAUGUUCAUAUAAUACACCACAAUAAAACAAGUUGUAAUCUAAUGCUUUGAUCAUCAUGUGUUAAGAGAUAUGCUGAGUUAUGCUUUAAGUGAAUGCUGGUCCAAAGGUCACCACAGGAUCUACAGAAGACAUUGGACAAUCAGACCAGAUAGCUACAUUUACUCUUUAAACACUAAUAUGCAAUGCACUAAGAGCAAAUGACAAACAUCAGAGGGAAUCUCCACCCUCUUUAGUUAAUCAUUACAUUACUCUAUGAAAAUAUAAGAAGUCUCAGAAGUUGGAAUUUCUGCUCUCAUUGGUGCUGUCACAAUGUCCUUCUCUGGAAAAUAUCAGCUGGAAAGCCAAGAGGGCUUCGUACCUUUCAUGAAGGCUAUUGGUCUUCCUGAUGACCUCAUCGAGAAAGGCAAAGACAUCAAGAGUGUCUCAGAGAUUGAGCAGAAUGGAGACAGCUUCAAAGUGACAGUAACCACAGGGAGCAAAGUUAUGGUUAACUCCUUCAUUAUAGGACAAGAGAGUGAAGUGGAGACACUGACUGGAGAAAAAAUCAAGACUGUUGUGACGAAAGAGGGCAACAAGCUGAAGGUAAAGCUAAGUCAUAUUGAGUCAGUCACAGAGCUUUUGGAUGCCAAUACACUUGUGCAUACCAUGACUCUGGGUGACAUCGUCUUUAAGAGAACCAGCAAACGUGUGUCAUAAUAAACACUGUCCAUU